CUCCAGUGAGGACACACGGACUGCUCCUUUUCUCCUCAUCAAUUCUCCCGUUGAUAUUUUCUUGCUCUUGAAGCAAAUAUCUUGAGAAAAUUCUUGUGUUUAACCACUCGAAUUCAAGGUUUGAUUCCAUCCAUAGAUUCGUGACGCUGAGUUAAAAAUUUUCGGAUUGGUAUCCUGGUUUUGCUCUUAAAUUUUCUGGGUUUGGGCGUGUAUGGUGCAGCAAAUAUGAGUGCGUCUUGUUGCUGUCAACACUGUAGAAUUUUAGAGGUCUGUCAUAGGAGUCAACGGGUCUGUUCGUAGGAUAAAAUUCAGGAGCAUUCAGUUGCCUUUUACCCUGUAAUCAAACUGGAAAAUUCGUGCUUCAAAAUUUGACAGCAUAACCUUGCAGUAGUAUUUUUAUCAUAACUUUUUUUAUAGAUGUCGGAUUAAGGUGAUUCUUGAAGUUAUGGAAAGCUAAUAGAUAGGGCUACAAUUCAUCUGUUGAUCAUUCAACCAAUUCCACUGAUUUAAAGGUGCGAAUUCAGUUGAAGUUCUGGUUCAUAAUCUGACUAGAACUCGCUCUCAAAUCCUUGUUGAUUUGGUAUCCAAUUUUGCUGUCUUAGGCUCAAUUCUCUGUCCUUAACUUCCUGGUUCUUGAAUUAUCUUGGACAUCUUGAUCCUUCGGGCUUGUGGAAUUUUGAUUUUCUACAUAGUAAGGUGUUCAGCAUCUUUUUCAACCUGGUUUGGAUCGAGUGUGACAGGCUCAUACGAGUCUUCUCUGCAACUUAGACUGAUGGCAAAGGUAGAGAUCUUAUCCUCAUGAUCUACAGCUCGAACUGUUGGCAAAUAAUUGGGGUGGUCGGACAUAUCCUCGCAGAUCUGCGAUUGUUGUCGUGGCUGGACAAACUUGGGACCACCGGAUAAGAGUGGGGCAAUGGAGAACGGGAAUAGUGGGAGAAAAUAGGGGACAACACUAGAAAGAAAACAUCCAUUCCUUGUGUUAAUUUCUGAUUUGGGAAUUUUGAGAUUAUUAUUAUUAUUAUUAUUAUUAUUAUUGUAUGUAGGGAAUUAGGCAUAAUGGAUUUGAACCAGGUUUAACGAGCUGGUCGUUAUUUAUUUAUUAAUUUAUAUAUAUAUAUGUAUAUAUACAUAUAGGUUGAGAAAUGAGAAGAAGAGUCCACUGACAUGGUGAAUUCUUGCAUUAAAGUGGGGCCUUGGGGCGUGGAGGGUGGGAUGGAAUGGAGCUACCGUCCGGAAGGUGGGAUUACAGAAAUUGUAAUAUUCUUCCAUGGAUCAUUUAUAGAUUCCAUCUCUUUCAAAAGUGAUGAGGGUAAUGGUUGUGAACAUUGCCAGAAAUUUGGUGGGGAUGGUGGAACUCCUAUUCAGGUUUCAAUCGCUUGGCCAAGAGAAUACCUAACUUCUAUUAGUGGUACUUGCUUUACAACGAAAGAAACUGGAGAUGUCCUGAAUUCUCUUCGCUUCAAAACCAAUAUCACCGAAUAUGGGCCUUUCGGUACGGAGACAGGAUAUUAUUUUUCUUUACAGAUGGAAGAUGGGAUUAUUGUUGGGUUCCAUGGACGUGCUGGAGAUUACAUUUACGCUUUAGGGGCCUACGUAGAGCCAUUAACGUUGACUGCAUUCCCCAUUAAUUCAGUCCAAGAUCUACCUCGAGACGCAGGGCCGUGGGGAGGGGAUGGUGGGGAAACUUGGGAUGACGGUGUCUUUUCCGAUAUUCAUAAAAUCAUUGUGUUUGUGUGUGAUGCCAGUAUCAGUGGCAUACGAAUAUUGUAUGCGAGAAGCAGCAUGAAGUCCUUUUUGUCAGAAAAACAUGGUGGUUGUAGCGGUGACAUUUGCAGAGUAAUUGUUCGUUUCUUCUGGCUAUCUUAUUAUCAUAGUUCUUCACUAUGAAUCUAAUUUUUUUUUUUUUUUUUUUGAACAGCAAAUGGAUAGUUCAUUGAUUACAAGGGGUACUCAAACCCUUAAUACAAAUACAAAAAACAA